AUGCGGUUCGCCCUGCUUUCUCUAAUUUACCUAUUUACUGUCAAACAAGCAAUCGGAAAAGUUCUGAAUAGGAAGGUCUCUGUGCCCGAUAACGAUAAUACAUUAAAGCAAAUACUAUACAGAUCGGGAACGUUAUAUACGAAUUCAAAACUGCCUUCUUCUGAAACCAAUUGGUGGAUACCAGUACCAGGUCAAUCACUGAAAGCAACAAUGGUACGAACUUAUAACAGAGAAAUAAAAAAAUAUUAUGCCACUUACAAUUUUUUCCAAACAAACGCAAGAAGCCUAUGUAGCAAAAGUAUAGUGUCAUUAAACAAUUUGAGAACCUGUGAAUUGGAAACUCCAAUAACGCAGCAGCAGGAUUUGAACAUGAACAUGCCACCUAAUGCUAAAAUUUUUGGACAGGAAUGCAAUCUAGUGUUUGCGUGGACUGAAGGUGAUUGGGCGACAGUGGAGAUCGAAGGCAUAUGCGAUAUCAAAUCGAUAACAAGAAAUCAAAUCAAAGUAUUUCGAAAUAAUUAA